CUCGUGAACCGCAGUUGAUCACUGAAUUACCCGACGAGCUGGGAUAGAGAUAUACGUACAUGUGUGUGUACACCUCUAUAUGUAUAUAUAUAUAUAUAUAUAUAUACAUGUAUAGAUAAAUAAAUAAAUAAAUAAAUAAAUAAAUAAAUAAAUAAACGAAGAAGUAAAUAAAUCGAUAAAUAUCUCUUGUUGUUCCUCGCCGAUUCGUCUUGUACGGUAUAAAAGAAACUGGUCGAAAUUAAUCGAUCGUAGCUGCGCCGAUUUUUGCAGACGGCGUAUUUGAGCAUAAGGUUGUUUCUAUAAAUCGGUUAAAUCGGACACGUUGUUGAACGUUAAUCUUAAUAACAGACACUCGAUUCGGCCAACACGUGCGGGUAUAUUGAGGAUAAUAAUAUACAACUGAACGCGAUUGAAAGGUUCUCGAUAAACUUGGAUUUUGGACAACCGAUUCUACACAUUUCGGUAUCCGGCGAUCUUCGACGAUAGUUAUAACGAUGGACCAGGUAGUCAGGAUGGUGGUGGACGCCUAUCGGGACCUAAUGGACAACAAAAGUGACCCGAGAGUCAACGGUUGGUUCAUGAUGAGCGGUCCAAUGCCAACGGCGUUGAUAUGCCUCACCUACGCUUACUGCGUCAAGGUGCUCGGACCUAAACUGAUGGAGAACAGAAAGCCGAUGAAGCUCCGGAAGGUUUUGAUUUUCUACAACCUGUUCCAAGUCAUAUUCUCCUACUGGCUCUUCAAAGAGUCUCUCGUUGCCGGGUGGGGCGGUCAUUACUCCUUCAGAUGUCAGCCGGUCGAUUAUUCCAACAACACGUUGGCCGUCAGAAUGGCCCACGCGUGCUGGUGGUACUACAUGUCCAAGUUCACGGAAUUCUUCGACACGAUAUUCUUCGUGCUUAGGAAGAAGAACGAACAGGUGUCGACCCUCCACGUCAUCCAUCACGGCAUAAUGCCGAUGUCCGUCUGGUUCGGGCUGAAAUUCACGCCAGGAGGUCACAGCACGUUCUUCGGUCUGCUCAACACCUUCGUUCACAUAGUGAUGUACUCCUACUAUCUUCUGGCCGCUCUCGGUCCCCAUAUGCAGCCUUACCUCUGGUGGAAGAAGUACUUGACUACCCUGCAGAUGGUCCAGUUUGUUCUGGUGAUGGUCCACGCGUUCCAGCUACUCUUCAUCCAGUGCAACUACCCCAAGGCCUUCGUAUGGUGGAUCGGAAUGCACGCCGUGCUCUUCUACUUCCUGUUCAGAGACUUCUACCAGCAGGCCUACGUCAAGAAGUCGCGCAACCUCGCCAAGACCGACGAUUCCAACGACGCGAAGCUACAGAACGGCAAGGUUCACGACGGAAGCAAGAGUGACAGGAAGAACGGUCUGGAACCUGGCGUCGAUACCAAGGACGAGAUAUACGCCGGCAAGUACAAAAUGGCGACAGGUUACAUUUCCGGUAACGGACUUAGGAACAGAGUAUUCAUAGACAAUAGGAGUAUCAGCGAAUAGAUGCAGCGAGACUUUAUACGCUAAUUGUAUACCUAUACACAAAACCUGUUUGCCGUUACGGAUCGAGGUCGCCGAUCCUUGAUUAAAAGAGAAGAGA